AACUGUCUUUUUUUUUUUUAGAUGGAGUUCUGGAAAGAGUAUAUACAUGGACUGCAUGGAGAAAGUAACACGGGACACAACUGGUAUCCAUUUUACCUUGUCUUCCCAUUAAUUAUUGGCCUUUUCAUUAUUCUCCUUAUUGUGUUUGUCACCUGGAGAUGCCUGUCCAAAAAGAAAAUGCGUAGACAGUCCAUGUAUGCACACAGCAGAGCCAGAGAAGCCACAGGCAACAGAACUGUUGCUGAGGGUAGAAGCCCUCUUCCUCUGCCACUCAGCAUUCUUCAUUCCCCCCAGGAAGAAAUGUUUGAAGGCAGUGGACAAUCUCCAGGAUACCUGAGUUACACGGAUGGGUGUGGUGACUCAGUAUCAGUCAGGUUGUCAAGCUGUGACCCACCACCAUCGUAUGAGGAAGUUGCCGCUGAAAACGGCAUGAGAAGACAUGAUGCUGCCAAUCACUUGGAUCCACCUCCUCAAUAUGAAGACAUUGUGAAUAGCGUUUCCAUUAAAUGAAGCCAAAAGGGAUUCUUGAUUUUUAGCACUUUAUUGCAGCUUCAUGUUUAUAAAAUUUAAACAAUAUUAACCACUUUCUCUUUCUUAAAUUUUGGUUUGCUCUGUGAAACUUUUCUCCCACCCUGGGGAAAGAAACUUAUUUUUUGGUAUGGUUGACCAAACUGCCAGAGAAGCUGCUUCUGUUGGCUAGUGUUUCCUUUCUGUGUUGCUGAAAACUGGUCUUGUAAGAAGCAUGAAGGGCUUGCUAAUGGCAAAGUUACAAAAGGGAAUCAUACCAAAAAGACUAAUAUAUUUUCUUGCCAGACACCUAGAUCUUUCUUUUGUUCCUUGUUUUAUAAGUAACAGAAACAAGCAAAUCAACUGGCAGAAGUGGUGGCACUAAUCUGUUUGCCUUUUGCAAACUUUUUGACGUACAGUGUGCUCAACUACUAGGCAAAAAAUUGUAUUAUUGGGUGACUAACUAUAUUCAAGCAAACAGUAAUAAUCUCUAAAUAGAUUUUCUAAUACUGAGACAGAGUUGCAAUUAAUUUGGUUCUUUCAUGCAGCUAGAAUUCUACCAUCUACUAAAAAAGUUACAGGACACAAAAAACUUACAAAGCAGUUAUGGAGAAGAGAAGGUGGGCACAUAUGAUUAAGAAACAACGAGUGGCAUAGCACUGAGUUCCUCUGGGUUGUUUUUGCAAAAUUUGUGAAUAUGCAAUAAUUAAGUUGUUUUCCUGAGUAAGUGUUUCCCUUGCAUUAACAAGAGACUGGUCUACUUUACAGUUCAUGUUUACUUCUGAUCUCCUGAUCAGCUGAAGUGUACCUAAUUAGUAUUUGGUUGCACCUCACUGACUUGCCCUCAGUUCAUUUGUUCUUGGUUUGUUUUGUUUUUUUUCUUUACAGGUUAUGAAACGGCCUAAUGUUCUGGGCUGUCAUAUCUAAUGCUGACUCAGGUGUGCUUUUUCAUUUCAACAAAGAGCUUGUGUUCAGGCUGACUGUCUUCUGUGUUUUUGCAUGUUGGCUUUUAAAAGCAGGUAAACGGCUUACGCUAACGACAUAAAAUCUGUGCCUGCUUAACACCUAGCUCAAGAUUGUGGAAUGGUAUCACAGUGUGAGUCAUGUCUUGAGAGGGUGACAAGUUUUAAAAUUUAUUUCUCACAGCACUCUGGCAAUUCUCAAAGGGAGACUAGCUUGUCCUGGUAUAUAUUUGAGGAGUGACUGGUUUGUGCUUUAGUUGAAUUAAAUAAAACUGUGUAGGUUUGUAUUUAAUAUAUCAUGUGAAUGGGACAAAGCUUAAAUAUUCUCUGGUUAUUUGGAAAGUCACAAAAUGUUGGUAACUGUGUUUUAAUAGGAAGUACUUAAAUCACAAUAUUUGUAUCUAGUCCUCUGAUUUUUUUGUGGCAGUAUAAAAAUGUGUAUUCUUUCAGUGGACCUCCUUCCUACAUUUUUAUACAUUUUACUUCUCAGACGGUGAAGGAAGUUGUGGUAGUAGGGGAAUAAGUCUGUUUUUUGUGGAGCUUGAGGGUCACCGCUAACAUUCAUUAAGCUCUGGGGACACCUGCAUGGUUUUUUCUCUUAAAUAUCACUUUCAGAGAUAUUUUAAUAAUGGGAUUUUAUUUUUCUAUGGCAUCCUUUCAGUUUAUGAUAUGUUCAGGGUUCUUUUGAGUUCAGAAGAAUGUUGAUUGUGCUGAGUGUAGAACUAGAUAUUGGUAGUUAUUCCAAAUAUAUUAAGUGGAAUACAAAUACUAUGUUAGUUUGUUGAUAUUUACACACUCCCUCCUACCCCUUAUUUUCCUUCUAUUUUCUUUAUUUCUCUUGUCUUUCUCUCUCCCCUACACAUUUUCCCAGUUGUUAAACCUUAAGAUUCUUUUCAGUACUAGUAAUUAUAAAUACAUCACCAAGAAGCAGCUAUUUAAGUUGGUUCUGGUUUUAUGCGGUUCUGGUCCAGGGUGAAGAAGGUCCCAGGAAAAUCAUUUCUUGGGACAGAAGGCAAAUUUUUAGCAACAAUAGUUGCCACAAGUAGUGAAUAAAUUGACUCGGUUUUCACAUAACUGGUCAGCCUGACCUCUCCCUUUGUGAAGUACAUGCUUACUAACAUAAUCACAGUUAUAAAUCAACACACACACUGCAUUCAAAAAAUUGGCUAUAAAAUAAUUGUAAGCAUUUAAAUAUGUGUAGAAAAAAACUCACAUUUGUUAUCCUUAAUUCAUUUUGGGAGAGAGAAUAAUUGCUUUUAUUAUCAAAACAAACCACUUAACGUUGCUUAUGUUGACUGUAAAAUAGUACACUCUGAUGAAAAAUCUGCUAAAGCAUCUAGUGCCAAAGGCCUUGUUUUAAUUUCUUGCCUGCAAGUGUUCACAACACAUUGUUAGUGGUUAGGCCACACUUCUCCUAAGCAGCUGCAUAGAUGGGAAAUUCUAAUAAAGUAUUAACUCUCCAGGUGCUGAUAUUUUUACAUUAUUACAAAACACAAAAAUGACUUAGGGCAGGGCAGAUGGAAGAUCUAAAAUUGUGGCUGGUUCUACUGUUGGACUUUAUAUUGUUGCCCAUUGAAGAAAAGCUGCUCUGUUUUCAUAGAAUAGUUCUUGUUUGUUCCCAUCUUACAUACAUGUUAGCUGUGUUGCGGUAAUUUCAGUUCUAUGAACUAUUAAAAGAAAGACUUCCUGUUAGCAUCUGUGUGUAUGCGCUUAGAAGUUCCAAGUUGAUCAAGCUUACUCAUUUAACUUAAUGAUUUAUACAGAGCUCUUAUUUUUUCAUAAUAUCCUUAACUAUUUUUAAAAUAAAAUGUUGCCUUGCAAUAGAUACAGUGAAAUAUACAACCUCACUUUUCAGUGUUUCAGAAGCUUUGAACAUACUGACUGUUAUAAAAGCAAAAUAUUAUAUUCUCUAUAUAGAGUGUAUAACGUCAUUAUCUUGCAAAGCGCUAAAUAUUUUUAAGUUACUAAAGACCAAUAAGAAUGUAGAAGCCUUGGUUUUGUUUAUAAAGGCUUAACUCCUGUGAUGAUUUAAAUAUGCAGACUAUGGAAAUAACUUCAGUUUGACUGCAGUAUUAAACAGUUUACUGUAUGUUUACAUUUAAAUUAUGCAAUUUUAAAACAAUUUUGAGGCUCCUGAUAUGCAUAAAUAAAGCUGUUUUUAAA